AUCUACCUAAAUUAAAUCCCUACAUCUGAAAAUCUGAAAUGCGGAGAUUCCCCUUAAGUCCCAGUUUGCAAUCUUCAAACAUCCACCUGUUGUUGAAACAGAUCCCCCCUCCCCAGGAGACAAGACAGCAGGGGUUGAAUUCCUGAAGUUACAUCCCGCUGAGAAUUCUUGUUAAGAAUGGAUUUAGAUCUCAGACUCUCCUUUCAAGGUGAACCAUCCAGGAAUGACCCUGGGUCAGAAAAUUUAGCACUUAAAGCCAGCCAAGGCUAUGUCAUACGGGAUGGAGAGGGAAUCUCUGAGUUCCCAAACACUCGGCUCAGCUUGUUCCAAAACAGCAGUAACUCAUUUGCUAGGCGGGAACUGCAAAGACUCUAUAAUCUGUUUCACUCAUGGCUGCAGCCAGAAAAACACAGCAAGGAUGAGAUGAUUUCUCGUUUGGUCCUCGAACAGUUCGUGAUCAAUGGCCACUGCAGUGACAGAUCCACUUUACAAGAGAAAUGGAAUGCAAGUGGCAGAAACCUGGAGAAGUUCAUGGAAGACCUGACAGACGAUGGCAUGAAGCAGCCUGGCUUCGUCCAUGUCCACAUGCAAGGACAGGAAGCCCUCUUUUCUGAGAAUAUGCCCUUAAGAGAGGUCCUCGUUCAUUUCAGGAAGCACUUGGCGACAGCAACCCAAACGGGAGAAAACACGAAGGUACCUCUCUGGACUCCUCGAGAUGCUUCCCUGGAAACAGGACAAGAAAAUGAAGGUAAAGAACGUGGCGGCAACACUUCUCAGAAAACUUGUCCAGUCACUGAAAGUCUCACGUGGCAGGGCAGUCAGACGCCCUCCCUGCUCAUCAUCCCGGAAGAGACCUGUCCUGGGCUUGAAGAGGCAGGUGUUUCUCUGGAGAACCCACUCGGCUCCAGAACAGCAGAGCCAGGCCCCGCUGGGUCCCAGGAGGGGUCCCCGGAAGGACCCUUUGGUGGAGAUGUCCAUCUGGAGGCGGAACCAGGGUUUCUCUCCAGGCCAGACCAGGUCACGCUUGAGCCUGUUUCUGCCCACCCGAGCCUGGAAGGGAACCCUGCACGUGGGAAGAGCCCAGAAGGGCUCCCCGGAGCCCAGAAAGUCUUCCCAUGUGAGAAGUGUUCCCAGGUCUUCCAGUAUCUCUCUCGGUUGAAAGUCCAUCAGAGGAGACACAAUGAUGAGAGGCCAUUUGUUUGCGCCAAGUGCAAAAAAGGCUUCUUCCAGACAUCAGACCUACGUGUGCAUCAGAGGAUCCACACGAAGGAGAAGCCUUUCCAGUGCAGCACGUGUAAAAGGCCCUUCAGCCACAAAACCAACCUCCGGGCUCAUGAGAGAAUCCACACGGGAGAGAAGCCCUAUUUGUGUUCCUUUUGCCAGAGGCGCUACCGCCAGUCAUCCACCUACAACCGCCACCUGAAGAGUCACCAGAAGCUGGCCCUCAAAGGUGAUUUGUCCGGAGUUCCUGUCGUGGCUCAGCGGAAACGAAUCUGAGGAAUGCAGGUUCGAUCCCUGGCCUUGCUCAGUGGGUUAAGGAUCAGCAUUGCUGUGAGCU